AUGGAUACUCAGGCAGCGGACGCCGCCAAUCCGGCGGUGGAAACCGAUCACUCCUCCGACCGCCAGCGGGAGAUCGUCGCUCGCCGCGUCCAGCGCCUCUCCCUUCAUCUCAGGCUGCCGCCGGGAAUCCCCGACGCGGCGGUGGGGAGGGAGCCCUGCGCGGCCCGUGCCAAAAUCGACGUGGACACGGAGAAAUUGUCCAGUUACAUGAGGGGGAAGUACAGGGACAUGCAGCAGAGGGUCUACGAUUACUUCAAUUCGAGGCCGGAGCUCCGGACGCCGCUGGAGAUAUCUAAGGACGACCACCGGGAGCUCUGUAUGCGGCAGCUGAUGGGGCUGGUGAGGGAGGCCGGGAUCAGGCCGUUCAGGUACGUGGUGGAGGAUCCGGCCAAGUAUUUCGCGAUUCUCGAGGCGGUGGGGAGCGUCGAUAUGUCUCUGGGGAUUAAGAUGGGGGUCCAGUACAGUCUUUGGGGAGGCUCCGUGCUCAACUUGGGAACAAAAAAGCACAAAGACAAGUACUUUGACGGUAUAGACAAUAUGGAGUAUCCAGGAUGCUUUGCAAUGACCGAACUUCAUCAUGGUUCGAAUGUCCAGGGGCUCCAGACGACCGCGACCUUCGACCCGAUCAAGGAUGAAUUCGUGAUCGACACGCCGGAGGACGGCGCCAUCAAGUGGUGGAUCGGCAAUGCCGCUGUCCACGGCAAAUUCGCGACGGUCUUUGCCAAACUGAUCCUCCCCACCCACGACUCCCGAGGAUCAUCUGACAUGGGAGUCCACGCAUUCAUCGUCCCCAUCCGUGACCUCAAAACCCACAAAACCCUACCUGGUGUCGAGAUCCACGACUGUGGCCACAAGGUCGGCCUCAACGGGGUCGACAAUGGGGCACUCCGCUUCAAGUCCGUGCGGGUCCCACGCGAAAACCUCCUCAACCGGUUUGGCGAUGUCUCGCGAGACGGACAGUACACGAGCAGCCUACCGUCCAUCAACAAGAGGUUCGCCGCCACCCUGGGUGAACUUGUGGGCGGGCGGGUCGGCCUUGCAUACUCGUCGGUCGGGGUUCUGAAGAUUGCCGUGGUAAUAGCCGUCAGGUACUCCCUUCUCCGCCAGCAGUUCGGGCCACCGAAGCAGCCCGAGAUCAGCAUACUUGACUACCAGUCGCAGCAGCAUAAGCUGAUGCCGAUGCUCGCCUCGACUUAUGCUUUUCAUUUCGCGACUUUACAUUUGGUGGACAUAUACUCGGAGAUGAAAAGGACGCACGAUGAGCAGCUGGUGGGGGACGUGCAUGCUCUCUCGGCAGGUCUCAAGGCGUACAUCACGUCAUACACGGCAAGGUCGCUGAGCGUAUGCAGGGAGGCGUGCGGGGGCCACGGGUAUGCGGCUGUUAAUAGGUUCGGGAGCUUGAGGAACGAUCACGAUAUCUUUCAGACUUUCGAAGGGGACAACACUGUCCUCCUGCAGCAGGUAGCAGGUUAUCUCUUGAAGCAGUACCAAGAGAAGUUCCAAGGUGGCACUCUUACUGUCACUUGGAAUUACUUGAGGGACUCCAUGAGUUCGUACCUGUCGCAGCCCAACCCAGUCACUUCCAGAUGGGAAGGUACAGAGCACCUACGUGAUCCCAAAUUUCAGUUGGACGCCUUCAGGUAUCGUACUUCCCGGUUACUCCAUAGUGUGGCCGUUCGACUGCGGAAGCAUACAAAAAGUCUUGGGGGUUUUGGCGCUUGGAAUCGGUGUCUCAAUCAUCUCUUGACACUUGCUGAGUCCCAUGUAGAAUCUGUUAUUCUAGCAAAAUUUGUUGAUGCUGUGCGAAGCUGUCCUGAUCCAGGUUCUCGGGCUGCUUUGAAACUUGUUUGCGACUUGUACGCCUUGGACCGUAUUUGGAAUGAUAUUGGGACUUACCGAAAUGUUGACUAUGUUGCUCCAAACAAAGCUAAGGCGAUACACAAGCUGACCGAAUACCUGAGCUUCCAAGUGAAGAACAUCGCAAAGGAACUUGUGGACGCAUUCGAUCUUCCGGAUUACGUGACGCGUGCCCCAAUCGGGAUGCAGGCUACUGAAGAGGCUUACUUGCACUACACUCAGUACGCUGGAUUUUCACAAUCAGCCUAG